AUGGAGCUGUGUAGUCCCAGCAUGCCUGAAAGUGGAGGCUCUCUGUGCCAGGUGAAACAACUCCCCUGCCAAAGUGUCCCCCUUCGUCGCCUGCAGACCAGUGCACACCACACGCACAAUGCCGUCCACCUCGCUCAGCAGCCGUGGGUCAGCCACACAUCCCCAGCAGUUGCCUCUGGCCCAUCUGUGGUGGUGAGACACAGGGUAAACGUGGCACCUAGCAGCAACCCUGAAUCAGUGGUUUCCAGACUGGGAGAGGAACUGGACUGGUGUGUCCCAAAAGGGAAGGUGGUGGUGACGGGAGGAGGGGGAUACUUUGGCUUCAGGCUAGGGAAACAGCUGGCAAGUGAGGGCUUCUCAGUGAUCUUUCUCGACUUGAAUAAGCCUCCCUGUGACAUUCCCAAUGGCGCAAUAUUCUAUCAGAGUGACAUUCUGGAUUAUUCUUCCCUCUAUAAAGUAUGUGAGGGGGUUGACUGUAUGUUCCACACGGCAGCUUAUGGGAUGUCUGGCCCAGAGCAGUUGAGAAAGAAGCAGGUGGAGUCCGUUAACAUUGGUGGAACCAAUAAUGUGAUAAAUGUGUGUAAGGAGAGAAGCAUCCCUAGACUGGUGUACACCAGCACCAUCAACGUGGUCUUUGCAGGGAAACCAAUUGUAGAUGGUGAUGAGGCUUCGGUGCCAUAUGUGCCCCUUAAUGCUCAUAUUGACCACUACUCCAGAACCAAAGCGAUUGCAGAGCAGAUGGUCCUCGCAGCCAACGGAUGCCCCCUGAAAGGCGGAGGCUUGCUGCGCACUUGUGUCCUGCGGCCCUGCGGCAUCUACGGAUCAGAGGAGAGAAGACACCUUCACAGAGUGAUGAUGAAUGUGGAGCGUCGGUUGUUCAGCUUCCGGUUUGGUGACCCCCAGGCCCAGAUGAACUGGGUACACGUAGAUAACCUGGUGCUGGCCCACAAGCUGGCAGCUGAGGCUCUCUCACCGAAGAAGAGCUGCGUCGCUAGCGGACAGGCCUAUUUUAUUAACGAUGGAGUUUCAGUCAAUCUGUUUGAGUGGCUGACACCGCUGUUUGAGAAGCUGGGCUGCCGCCAACCGUUGAUAAAUCUGCCGGUAUCACUUGUCUAUUCAGCAGCCAUCCUGGUGGAAUAUCUACACGUGGUUCUGAGACCGGUGAUAACGGUGCCUCUCCUUUUCACCAGAAGUGAGGUCAGGAACAUUGCAGUGAGCCACACCUUUAAAAUUGACAAGGCCCGCCGAGAUCUAGGCUACUGUCCAAAGCCCUACACCCUCAAAGACUCCGUGGAGCAAUACCUGAAGUCUCGACCGCCUCGCUCCAGCUCACCUAUUUUCAGCCUCUCGUGGACCUCCGGGCUGCCCCGACACCUGAUCCUGUUGCUCCUGAUGGGUUUUAGCGUGGUAAUACUGAUGCUGUGUUGUGUACUUUGUCAGAACUAAACAAUUUUCCUUCACAGACGCACUGCAAGCUAUUUCAGGUUUUGCAAAAUCACAUCAGUUUAGUUCUUCACUUGACACACUUUAAUAUGU